AUGUCUUCUAAGGCUGUGUCGGACGCCAAAGCCGCCAAGGACGCACAGUCGUGUGCUGCUGAGGCAGCCGGGAAAAAAGUCAAAAAUAUGAUGGCGGACAAGGCGUCACAGGCGGCCAAGGCAGCGGAGGCUGCACUAUCCGGCAAGAAGCAGCUAUGCGAAGAGCUCACCAAAAAUCUGGGCGAAACGAAACGGGUUAUGCAAGAGGUCCAAAGGGCCAUAACCGCCAGUUCGCGCGGUGCCAAGACAGCAAAGCGAAUCCGAGACAGCGUACGCCGGAACUUUAAUGCCAUGAGGUGUCUGUAUGCCCAGAUGAUCAAAAAUGUUGAAAGCGUACGCCGGGUGGCCAGCAACGCCCAACGAGAAUUGGCGGAGAAGCGAAGUCUUUUUAAAGCGGCUAAGCGGCGUGUGGAAGAACUUAGCACCUGCCUAGAACAUGGUUAUAGGGAUCUAGAACGAAACCGGGAGAACGCUAAGAAAGCAAACUGCGCCGCCGAAGAGGCUAGGCAACGGAUCGACGUUAUGCGACAAUUGGUUUUUAAAAUCAAGAAUCUUAAGAAGAAGGAUCUACAGUCCCUAAAGAGUUUAAUUCGCCGAAGAAGAAGGCAACUAAAAAAAACAUUUCGUUAA